GAGAGAGAGAGAGAGCGAGGGAGAGAGAGAGGGGGCGGCGUUAGACAAUACCAUUCCUCAAAUAUAUUCCAUCCCCUCCGUCCCUGAAGUGAGCCUUUAUUAGUCGGGAUCGUUUGGAUUUUAUCUCGCAUAUGACACUUGGUGGAAGAAAGACUGGAGGAAAAAAAGAGAGGGGAUUAUCUUUGAACUGCCUUCCGAUCCGCUCAUUCCUGACACGGGAGAGCCGCGCUUAUCUCGCCCCUUUAUCUCCAUCUUCCACAGGCGGAUGGACGAAAAGCCCUGGCUGCACUUUCUCCACUAUCUGCCCAUCUCUUCUAUUGUCUCUCCAUCGCUGGGAUCACACGGGGGGGCUGACUGAUCCCUGCUCACAUCAUUAUUACCUUUUUUUUUUGUCAAUCGACUGAUCACUGAUCAUCUGUAUAAGACUUCGGGACCGUCUUGAUGUGCAGAAACAUUUCCCUGCUUGACGUUUGACCCCCAGCCCGAGUGAUUCCCAUGUUGCAAGUUCGCGGGUGAAAAAAGUAAAACUAGUUCAUAUAUUUAUUUUUAUUUAUUUUAAAUUUUCCGUGAGACUGAAUGCCCGUCAUCUCUUGAACAUCUUGAUGGUUGUGACGGUGGAAUAUGACUUAAUUUGGAGUUGAGGCUCCGCUCAAGAGCGUUUUUUUUUUUUAAGUUGGUUUCCUGAAGAUUUUGCCUCCCAACUCUUUGUCAAGGUUUCUUAAGGAGGAGUGAGUGCCAACAUCAGAGAAUAAAAAUGAUGCUGAGCCCGGACCAGGCGGAGGCGGACCUCUCCUGGACUCAGUCCGACCCGGAGUCCAUUCUGAACGGCCUCAAGUCGGCCGGCUGCACCUCGGACGAGCCGGCGGAGGGCGAGGAGAGGGCCAAAUGUAAAGGCGACCAGCCGCUGAGCAGGGAGGAGAAGAGGCGGAGGCGGAGGGCCACGGCCAAGUACCGCUCGGCCCACGCCACCAGAGAGAGGAUCCGGGUGGAGGCGUUCAACGUGGCCUUCGCGGAGCUGAGGAAAUUACUCCCCACUUUGCCCCCGGACAAGAAACUCUCCAAGAUCGAGAUCCUCAGACUGGCUAUAUGCUACAUCUCCUAUCUCAAUCAUGUGCUGGAUGUUUAAAAGUCACCCUUCCAUGAGAGAGAAAUGGUUUGGUUUGGGGUUGACAGGACUCAAGUGCAUGCUGGGCGUCAAUCGGGUAUGGCAAGGUUGGCAGUUAGGGUCGACUGAUGAGAAGCAGCUAUAGCCUACCCAGUGUGUUUGUUUCAUAGCUGCUAUUUUGUGAAGACGUUACUUUCAAAUUUGUCAAUUGAAAAUGAGUCAGGAAUUUGAUUCUAGAUUCCGGAGACAAGUCAGGCCUACAAAAUAAAACUAAAAAACCUGAAUGAACAUUUUAAUGAAUGCAGGUUAUAAACACAUGUUUCAUCCCAUGUUUUAACGGCAGAUAGCCUAUACAAUGUCAAUGUCAAUAUCUGCAAACGGAUAUCGGCCUGUCACCUGUGUUACGAGCGCCCAUCUUACUUUGAUUUCAGGAACUUAAAUGCAAUCGUUGAGCUUUUAAUUAGCCUACAACCAACAAAAACAAAAUCAGCUAACUUUAAAAAAACAAUCCGCCAAUUAUAAAUUUAGAGGCAAAAUGUAUGAAACAACUUCUCCUACCAAAUGAAAGCAACUUCUCCCCGGAUGCUGGGACUUUGCCAUACCUGCUAGUUGACUGAGUUGACCCCAGUGUGAGUCCAGUGUUGGUUAUUUUGAUGGCGGCGGUGUAAAAGUUGUUGAAAGCCUCAACUUUCAGUCCAGACCGCUCACUGAACAAAAGCAACAAGCGCCGAGUCGUUUGAGCUGUUAGAUGCAAUAAUGCGAAUAAUGGUUAUUAUCCGACAUACAUGUGGGGGGAGGAUGGGCUGCACGAGCCCCGCAGCCAUUCAUGUUUCCCUCCCAAAGGUGAUGUAUAGUGGAGAGGAAAAUGUGGAGAGUUAUCAUGGAUAUCAAGAAUUUGGGUUUCAGAGAAACUUUAAUUUCCACAUGAAAUCCCCCUAAUACAUGAUAUUAGUUGAAUCCUACCCAAUGACAUGAAUAUAUUCAAGCCUAAAAACGAAGUCCUCCCCUCACUGUAUUCAUUUGAGGUCUAAUAAAACAAACACUGGGGCAUUUUCACAUCGAAAUGAAAGGAUGUAAACGAGAUAGCUGCUUUAGAUCUAGUUUAGAUGAUGUUUUCCGUAAAGGAAGAAAAAAAAAAAAGAAGAAAAAGUGCCACUUAUGACAUAUAAAAUUGUGACCUUAAUCAUUUUUUUAAAAAGUGUAUGGAGUUAUUUAUUUAAUUGUGUUGAUAUUUAAGGCUAAUUUAUUUAUGUUGAUAUUAUAGGCUGGCGUCUUUUUGUAUAAAUGUAUAUUGUUUUGUUGCUUCUAUAUUUUAGGCUGUGAAAUUGAAAAUGGAAAGUGAUGGUGUUCUACUCUUAAAAAAAUGGCACUUUCUGUUAAUCCAUAACUUAUUCGUUUGAUGUAGCCUAUGUUUGAUGUAUGUCAUUAUCUUUUGUUUUUUACUGUCACGUCUAUUGCCUAUCAAUAGCAACGAUAAGCACUUCAAAACGGGGAUCAAUGGCCCCAUAAAUGUUUAUUUCCCUAAACUGUUGUGUUGCUCAAAGAACAAGAAUUGGGCUGCCUAGAAAACAAAAAUGCAUUAAAUUUAAAAAUGACAGAAUAAUGUAAUCAUGUGAAGAAUGAUUAUGUCAAACAGUUUCUACCACCAAGGGGUUAUCAUGCGAUUAAGAAGCAAACCCCUUUUUUUGCUGUUACCAAAAAUGAAUACUAAUAAUUUCGAAAAUAGACUGAAUUUAUUCUCUUCAAUGUUUUGAUGUUAUGUUUUGGAUUUAUUUAUUUGUGUCUGCUUUGUAUUACUAUAUUCAAUAAGUAAUUUUAUAGUGAAGAAAAAAAACAACAUAUCCUCUAUCCAAAGAUUUUUUGUCUCUUCAGGGUUGUGUAGGCUACUUGUUGCUUUAUGCAGAUCUUUUGUAGUAGAGGUGUCGUGUGACAGCUGGUUUCUAAUGGACAAACUUUUCAUAUUUUCCGGUGUUAUUUUUAAUUAAAACGGAAAUACUUGAAAACAAA